UUCAACAGAACUUUCAUGUUUUUUUUUCCAUUAAUUAUUAAUAGGUUAUUUCUUAGUCGCCCUCUUGCGGAUAUUUGGCAUUGUUGAAAUCAGGAUUUCAUCAAGUUACAAUCCUUUUAAAAAUGUAAAUUUUCCGUAAUUCAUGCGCAUUUUAGUAAGAUUUUUAAUUACCGAGCAAAAGAGGGAGUCCGAGGAGUGGAUCUGGUUGACAUCAGAGCGGUUAUAUACUGGGAACAAUGCAAGUAUCUGAGCAAGAAGUUCCUAAGCUUUUGCAUCUUCUUGAACAAGCAUCACUCGACGAUGAGCGAUAUGAUUGUGUGCUCGAUAUUAAGGAUCAGAAAACUUCUGGCAAUAACGACGGAAGUGAUGACUUCGGAUCCCUGGUUGAUAUCAUUUCUGACCAGGACGAAGAAGAACUAGAAAUGAUACAUUUUAACUCUAACCUUAAACUAUACAGCCAAGAUUUCGAAUCAGGAAACGAUGAAAUGGAUUGCUUAGUACAAGCAUCUGCAAAUGAACUCCUGUCCACGCCUAAAGGUGUAGUGGAAGAAAAAAGUACUGAUGAGAAUGCCAAUGAAAAUAAUGUUGACAAUAAUGAUGUCCUGGCUCAUUUGAGGAACGAUGAGAUUUGUUCAAUUCUUGCGGCUGCUCUCAGCUCAGCGGCUGUUGCGACCAAUGUGGCCAAGUCAGUCGUGAAAUCAGGCGGCCUGAACAACCUGCCUCCCUUGGUCCAAACAACUUCAAACAGAGACAUCGACAACACAACUAACAUACCAUGUGCAAUUGCAAUUCCAAACGUGAUACCACCGCACCAGAAUUGUACCCUAGAAGCGUGCAAUCUUCGCCUACCCACUGUUCCAAUCACUAGUGGGCUGGCCGUUUUAGCAGGGGGAGGCGAGAGGGGUCUAGAAGGUGAGAAGAGUGGCACUCUGAAGACAGUGAUGAGUUCUGCUGCAGCUUUCCGCUCGCCGCCCUGCAAGAGAAUCAAAUUGCAUCAUCGGCCUUGCCUCGAUUUUGAGAAAAUGCAAAAACAGAAGCAAACUCAGGAAAAAACUGCCUCCCUGCACUCCUACUUCUCGGUUGUGUCGUCUCGUCGGCACGACACGGCAACAUUCGGCGACCACCUCUCGGCCGCCGAUGAACGACGUCGCAAUCCGAGUUGGGACUCGGUUAGCCACCGAGAACUCUCGACCUCUAGCGGACCAGUUCAACCCGCGUUUCACGAGCAGUCCCCUAGUAUCAUAUCUGAAAUACUGACGACAUCUGAUUGGUGCGAAAAUAUGGACGAAAACGCCAACCCUAACAUUAUCACCUCUCAUGUUAUUUGUAGCAAUACGAUCAUUCCUGCUGUUGCCAUAAGUAAUGAUCUCGAUAGAAAUCGUAACAACAGUCCAAGCAUGAAAAUAAGUCAAUUGAUAAGCGAAGUUGGCAAAAUAUCAAGUGACGCAGAAGAUGCAUGUUGUGUUGAAGAGUUGAAUUACGACAGUAAUGGAAACCUGAUUAAAACAGAACAUGAGCCGUCGAUUCAGUGCAGUGUAUACGAUGGCUGUCGGGAGGAAGCAUCCUGGAACCAAAAAAUGGCCAAUGUUGCUUCAAACAUUGCGGACCAAGAAAAUAAGAGUGCAAUUGCAAUGACUACUAGUAGUAAUAGUGUUAGAAAUGGGGGGUUGCAGUUCAAACAGAGUUACAGUUCAAAGGCCGUUACAAAUGCUUCUUCGAACUCGACUCGCCACUCGAAUAGAAACAAAUUGGACAACCACUCAACUUCUUAUAAACUGGGGUCGUAUAACAGGUCAAAGUUGGGUGUCCACAAACUGAAGACAAGAGUCGAGGACCUCUGGACUCCCCAGACAUUCACAUUCACCCCCAUCAACUUUGCAAACCCCCCUUCCCAAGGCUGCUGGAGGACUCCAGUAGCACACAGGACACAUGUAGGGGCGCUGAACCUCCCACUAGGGUCCACUAAUGGUGGGUUGUUUGGAGGCGCGUUUCGAAGUUUGUGCACUACAGGAACCUAGAAACAAGACUCUUGAGUUGUGUUGUCAUUGGUUUUGUCUGUUCCAGUUAUAGAUGUAAAUAAAAGCGAAAACUUUUCCUGCAACCCAAAACUUCCGAAACAAACAGAAUUUUUUCGAAUCAACAAUAAAUCGAGUUGAUGAUAAAUUGAUUAAAGUUAAAAGUUGAUUUAAAAAAAGUGAUUAGUGGCUUUGAUCAAUUCAGCUAGAGGGUCGAAAAUAAAGGGGGUUUUAGCAAAAAAAAAAUUCGAAAUCGCUGGCAAAGUCUUUUCCUCCUGUGAUUUUCAAGGCCCCUGUUUUUUAUCGGAAGGUUUGGUUUGGAUCUUCUCUCGCGGACCUACUAUUCCAACACUGUUCUUUACUCGAUUCCAGUUGCAGAUCACAUCAGGCAAAUUGCCAUUAAUCCAUCUUCACCAUAAGAGUCUAUACGGUGACGUAGCAUUACUUAUACAUGUCAUAAUUUCCACUUCUUCUUUGUGUCAAUAAGUAUGCUAUGCAAAUUACAGCUAAUUUAGAAGCCAAAUUACCAAAAAAAUAUACGUAAUGGGAUUAUGCUGUAUGACUUGUAUGCUAGAUGAGACGUCACCGUUCUAUACACUAUACCACACUCGCAGCAUGGUUUUGACACCGCAAAUUGAAGUUGUUAACAGCUCUGAUAAAAUUGGUAAACCACUUUUACCAUUUGAAGAUUUCAAAACUCUAGAGUAGGAUCCGGACUAGGUUCGAAUAUUAUUCAACCGAGUUACAAAUUACUUUCUGAUAAUGAAAAUCUCCACUUUUUGCCGAGCUACCGAGGAAAUUUUUUGUUUGCUCUUCAUUUCAGAAAUGUGCCAUUUGAAAUCGCUAAGUUUUUAAUUUUGGCCCGUUACUGCACUAUGUAAUUACAAUUAGCUGUGUCAACCCCUGAUUCAUAAUACAUGCUUUGUGCAGUAAUUGCAUUUUGUGGAUCGCAUUCUAUUAAAAAUGUAAAUAAAAAUAGAUCUGUUACCUGUUUAAACUCGAAAAAAAAACAAAAUAGCCUCAAAAACAAAGCGUUUAUUUAUUUUAGUUUAAUACAUUAGUUGUUACUUAAGUGUUGUUGAUACCGUUGGUUCGUUUGCGAAACUAAAACAUUCUGAAAUCUACGAAUAAUGUGUUAUCAUUGAAAUGAUCAGAUUUCAAGUAAUCAGGAUUUUGUAAAGUAACCAUCGAGUUAAUUUAACCCCCAUGUAGAGGGUUUUCCAUUCGAUUGCUGCUUAAAUUACUUGUUUUUCUCGGAAAUGAGAAAGUUUUUUUUUCAUUAAUCGAAAUUUGAUUGUUUUAACCCAGUGUUUAAGUUCAUAUUUGUGGUACAAUUUAGAUUCUACUGAUACUUAAUGAAAACGUAAAACCUUUGUGUAUAAGCUAAUUAUCUGCUUUAAUUUAUCAUGAAAGUUCGUAUUUUUGUAUUGAGAAAAUUUAAAAUUUUGCUCAA